UGUGGCUGAGACGCCCUGUUUCUUAGUAGCUGAAUCAUAGUGCUUCCAUACAUAUGUACCCUGCGCCAUCGUUGAUGCUGCUGAUAUUACUUCACGAACUCGAAGUCCAUUCUGAGGUGAGAACGCUUCAACGGGACUGCUCAAUGACUUCCAAACCUACCACCGCUAUCGGGGAUGUCGCAACAACAUCGUGUGAAAGGUGUCGGAGGAGGAAGAUUAAAUGUGAUCGUCAGCAGCCAUGUGCAGGCUGCGACAAAGCCGGCACAACCUGCUUGAUUGCAGGAUCCGGAGAGAAACAAAGACCUGUCCCAAAAAGCUACGUGCAGGCCCUGGAACGCAGCGUCGCAUCGCUGGAAUUCUUCAUACAACAGCUGCAUGAUGCAGACCAUACGAAACGAGAUGAGAUGCUCGUGGGCUAUGUCCGUAAGUCCGAUAUGCCUAUCAUCUCCAGCCCGCCGGGAGAUGGGAAGCCUGAUGUGUCUGGUGAUCUCGAACUUGCGUUGGCGCGCGCCCGGACUGGUCAGCUGAGAAAACUCAGGGCUGGUAGCACGUCGCAAUACUUUGGAGGCAUGGGUUUGUUCCAGAUUCAUUCAGGAGAUGAUUCAACAACAUCGGUGUCGCCAAACAGCACGAACGAGCUUGAGGCACCGCCAUUUGGCCAAAACGUAUUCUCUCCAUCAGCCGUUUCGGAUCCAGGGCACUUUCCAUACUCGGCACAUGACGACAUGUGCCAGAAACUGAUGGCACAAUUCUUUAGAGAACAGUACCCUUAUAGCAUGUGUGUAUAUCGUGAGUUCUUUCUCAGAGAUUACGAUAUGGGUGUCGGCCGAUACUAUUCCGAGGUCCUCCUAUACGCCAUCUGCGCGAUGGGCGCGCUCGCAUCAGCGGACGCAUCGAUGCUCGCAAUCUCGGAAGUAUUUGCCAGCCAAGCGGAAUUUCUGGUCUACACAUCAUUGGACAAGCCAGACUUGACACUACUCCAAGCAAUGAUAUUGCUUGGAUAUAGAUUCAUCGGCCAUGGAAAGGCUUCCAAGGGCUGGCUUUUCUGCGGUAUGGCUUUCCGGUUAGCACAUGAGAUGGGGCUUCAUCUCGACCCAAACAAUUGGCACAGCCCAGCAGAAGCUGUCCUUGAUCGGGACCGUGAGAUCCUUCGUAGAGUAUACUGGGCGGCUUUCAAUGCUGAUAAGCAGGUUAGUAUGUAUUUUGGUCGCCCGCCAGCACUAUAUCCCCACGAAUCAGAUGUGCGGAACAGUAUACGGAUACCAUAUCCAGAUGACUGGCAAGGGCUUCUUGAGACGUAUAUUGCCAAGAACACCUCCAUUACUGCCUUUGAGGACGGAAUUGCCUUAUCUGGAAGCUUUAUCUACCGAGUAGAACUGUAUAAGAUUGUUCAUAUCAUGAUUACAGACCUUUUUGAGAACCGGCGACAGAACGCCGAUAGCGCUGUGUUGGCUGCAACCGCACAACGAAUCCAUGUAUCCUUGCACAAAUGGUUGGCCACCUUGCCAAGUAAAUUGUACUGGAACCAGUGGAGCAGUGGUCAAGUCCAGCCAUUUGUGCUUCACUUGCACAUGCUCUUCCAUACGGCCAUGAUAAUUCUACAUCGGCCACCACGCCAUCUCUUCAGCAAACCGGGCAUCGCUGAAAGCGAGGAUGUAGAGAUCUGCUACGAGUCGCUGCAAGCAAUGUUGCGACUGAUGAAGAUUUAUUCCCGGUACUAUAAAUACUCGGCCCUUCCCCUUGACUUUGUGCAUACCCUUUCUGUGACAGCUGGCACCAUUCUCAUGAAGAGGUACCUUGAGAAAGCUUCCAAGGAAGACGCCGGGAUAUCUAGGGCGAUAGAGGUCGUAAUCGAUGCGAUGGAUAGCAUCAAAUACACGUGGCCGUGUAUCGUCGAGAUAAGACAAAGCAUAUCGAAAGCUAUGGAAUCGAAACCUGCCGACCAACAAGAUUCACAGGGCCGAGAUCCAAUACUCGAUUUCGGGUUCUUGGGAGAUUUCAGCGCCGGAGUCAGCCUGGAUGUUGCCACUAACAGUUCGGGCUUCCAGAUUUCUGAAGCUGAUUCAUGGCUACUGUUGAAUGAUGGUUUUACUACAGGCCAAUUUACUUUUGAUGAUCCACUUACAGGUCAGACUCUUGGUAUGGAUCAUCAGAUGUAGACUUGAUGUAUCGAUCGGUUUGGCGACUGGCUCGCCAGGGAUAUCUCUUGCAUAAAUGACUGCCCUAGAAUAAUUUUAUAGUUUGUCAUACAACCAAGACGUCUCUGUAAGAAUUGUUUCCCCCUUAUACCUGCCUAACUGGCGACUGCCC